AUGAGGGGCGUGGCUAACAGAGGCGAGGCCAAUCAGAGAGCGAAUCGGGCAAGGGGUGUGGCCAAAAUGGGGCGUGGCCAACAACGGGGAUGUCCAGGUUCGGGGGCGUGUCCACGACUGGGGGCGUGUCCCCAGCCCGGUGGGCGUGUCCCCAGCGCCGGGGGCAUGUCCUCGCGCUCCCCGAGCAACAGCCGCGGCGGGGCCGUUUACAAACAUUGCCCGCGCUCCGGCCCCGCUCGGCCCCCCCGCUCCGCCGGGCGGGCACCGCCGCAGGUGAGGCCGCGCCGGGGGCACCUGCGGGGGUCCCUCAUCACCCCCCCCACACCCCCUCAGGGGCACCCGAGCGAGCCGCAGCCCCGUCCCGCGGGCGGCCCCUGCCGUGAGGGGCCGGCGGUGCGAGGCAGCGCGGCGGGGGGGCCGCUGCCGGCCGGGUGCGUGAGGGGGUUUGGGGCGCACGCCCUGUGA